CAAGUAUUGGUUUGCAAAGGAAAUUCCUGUCACUAACAACAAAGUCCUAGGUGACUAAUUUCAGCAAUGUAUCACAAGAAACAGAUCCUUCUAACCUGCUGUUGUGUUCAGGAUGGAUUAUACCUUGGAAGACACGCAACGCAAGGAGAAGCUUUUAAAGACGGUUUAUACCCUGCAGGUCAAAUCAGACUCCACUUUUCAGAAGGCUAGCCCUCUCCUGACCAACCAUCCAGGCAUGGGCAUGGUGACUGACCACCAAGUUCACCAACUGAUGGAGAAAGCCAGGGUCAUCUGCCAUGACCUCGACAAUAUCAAAAACCACCUUUACUAUCGGCAAGAUGAUCUCGUCCGGAGGAUCUCAAAUCCCAACCGGAACCACUACGGAGCAGUGGGUGGAAUUCACUGCUCCCCAGAUGGGGUGGUGUACAUCACUACGGAGAACGCGCCCAGAGUGGACAUUCUUAAUCGCUCUGGCCAGGUGUUUCGGUCCAUCCCCUGCGUGGAAUGGAAGAAGGAGGUUUUUUUACCCGAGGACGUGGCCAUCACCAGAACUGGGAUGGUGGCUGUCACAGACAUGCUGAACGGAACCGUCCAUGUCUUCAACGACCGCUCCAAAUUCUCCAAGGGGGAAUGGCUCAGAAUUGGGAAGUUCCGCUCCCCCAGAGGGAUUGCCGUCGAAGCAUCAGGAAGGAUACUGGUGGCUGACUACACCGAAGGAAAAGUCCACAUCUUUGCCCUGGACCACGCUUUCAAGAUGCAGAAUGCUCAUUCCGUCUCCAACUUAAGCGGCCCACGCUACGUCUGCAACAUCCCCGAUGGGGGGUUUGCGGUGAGCGAAGAAUGUGGGGACGUCAAACUCUUCGACAGCAGCCACAAGCUGGUCUCUUCCGUCAGCAGCAAAUACGGCCACCGUUUUGGCAACCCUACUGGCAUCUGCGCCGAUAAGGAAGACAAUAUUAUAGUGGCGGACGAACAGCGACAGAAAGUGCACCUGUUUCCUAGGAACGGAUCUCCAAUCUGUCUAGUUUCUAAAGGUCUCCUGAGACCAACCGGCGUCGCCUGUGCCACUGACGGCUCCCUUUUUGUCACCGACAGUGGGGACAACGAUGUCAAAGUCUUCAAAUAUCGCGUGAGGCCCCAUUACCAUCCCGACGUUAUACCUGGUGACAAUCCAAGUUAUUCACCUCGAGGGAAAGCAGGGUAGGAUCCUCUACCGUCUUCUAGGGGUAGUCCUCGACUUACGACCGCAACCAAGCCCGAAAUAUCUGUUGUUAAGCAAGAGAGCUGUUAAGUGAGCUUUAUACCCUAUUUUGCGACCUUUCUUGCCGCCGUUGUUAAGUGAAUCACUGCAGCCGUUCAGUUAGCCACACGGUUGUUGAAGUGAAUCUGGCUCCCCCAACUGACUUUGCUUGUCCGAAGGUCGCAAAAGGGGAUUACGUGACCCUGGGACACUGCAACCGUCAUAAAUAUGAAGCAGUUGACAUGCACCCGAAUUUUGAUCUCGUGACCCUGGGGAUGUGGCAAACGGCAUAAGUGUGAAAAAUGGCCACGUGUCACUUUUUGUCAGUGCCGUCGUAACUUUGAACCAACAAACAGUUAUAAGUUCGAGAAGUACUUGUAUUACUUUUACAAAUGCAUCCAUUUCUUUGCCACUUUAUCUCAUCAAAUCUGCAUUCACUUGUUCAAUCAACAGUAGGUCAACCUAUUCUGGGGAGGAGCUAUAAUUUUUCAGUGAUUCAUGGAGAAGACCUACCCCAAAGAAAAAAAAAGAACCUCAACAAAUGACACCCGAAAGGAGAGAACCUAAAACUGGUGCUAAAUGGACAGCUUGUCCAAUAAUUAACUUUUUCUUCCUUAAUGGCCUUUUUUUGUAGGGAGAAAAAUGUCAGUUGGGACCGUGGGAGAAGGAGGUUGGAUGACAAGCGGACUUUUUUUACUUCCUAUUUUUUUAACAUGGCACCGAUGAAAGUAUUUUGAUCUGGAAAGAGAGACGAUGCCCAAUUUUUAGCUUUUAGGGUGGUUUUGGUCAGGAGGAGCUUACUGGGAAUGGAAGAUGAUGGUGAUUGGUGAUAUGGCUCUAAGGUGGUGAUUAGGAAGCAUGGAAUGGAAGAGAAAGGAGACUGAUUUUAAAGGUAGAGACAAGAGAAGGUUAAAGAGUGAAUCUAAUUGAGGACUGUGUCCCUACCAGGGCAUCUGCAGAGAAUGUGGACAAAACAAGCAAGGUUUAUGGCAGCGGUGUCCAACCUUAAGACCUUAAGACCUGUGGAUUUCAACUCCCAGAAGUCCCCAGCCAGCAUGUUGGCACUUGGUCUCUGGGAGUACUCUGAAUGGUAGUAUAUAGAGGAUUUUUAGAAAGAGAGAGUGAUGGGCAAAGGGAGGUAUAGAAUAGAAUAACAGAGUUGGAAGGGACCUUGGGGGUCUUCUAGUCCAACCCCCUGCUUAGGCAGGAAACCUUACAACACUUCAGACAAAUGGUUAUCCAACCUCUUCUUAAAAACUUCCAGUGUUUGGAGCAUUCACAACUUCUGCAGGCAAGUUGUUCCGCUGAUCAAUUGUUCUAAUUGUCAGGAAAUUUCCCCUUAGUUCUAAAUUGCUUCUCUCUUUGAUGAGUUUCCACCCAUUGCUUCUUGUCCUGCCUUCAGGUGCUUUGGAGAAUAGUUUGACUCCCUCUUCUUUGGGGCAGCCCCUGAGAUAUUGGAACACUGCUAUCAUGUCUCCCCUACUCUUUCUUUUCAUUAAACUAGACAUGUAAACUAGUAUGAUGGGAGGAACUGGCAGAUUAUAGAACAGGCAGUUGAAAAUUUAAGGCAUCCCUUCUUCUGACCAGAAGAGAAUCCCAAUCUCCAGGUAUUAUUUGAAACCUGGCUGGGCAAGGAUGAUGAGUUCCCCUCUUUGAAAUGAGCCUUUCAGCCAUCACCCCCCAGAUCAGGAUAGCAAUCCUAGGACAAUGUUUCUCAGCCUUGACAGUUUUCAGAUGAGUGGACUUCAACCCCCAGAAUUCCUCAGCCAGCCAUGAAUCUGAUUUGCAUCAUACCUGUAUUUUGUUGUUUAAAACAAAUAUUGUAGAGUUGUAUUUGUAAGCCACUUGUUUGACUAAGCCAGCAUCGAAGCAUAAAUAAAUAUAGUAAGCCUGAAA